AUGCCUACUGAUGCUCAGAUCGCCGGCGGCCACAAGGCCAACUUGAACAACCCCAACACCUCCAAGGAGUCCAAGGAUAACUCCCAAAAAAUUCUCGACAACGAGUUCAACGGUGGUGACGUCCCCAAGGCUAGCGACACCAAGGACAAGAACCCAGGCAACGUUGCCGGUGGUCUCAAGGCGACCAUGAAGAACCCUAAUGUCUCUGACGAGGCUAAGAAGUCUGCCGAGGAGCGCCUCAACAACAUGUAAACCGCUAUACGUGGGGAAGCGGGAAAUUAGCGUGUCUGAAAUCUUGUAAAAUCUAAUCCAACCUCGAGUCUCCUCGAUAUUUCAUUUGUAGCUACCGUGGCAUCCAAGCAAAACUAGCACAACAGUGAUCAAAUAUACCUGUCUUCAGGUAUAAUAUAGACCUGGAAAAAUAACUCAUGUGACAUAUACCUUUACAGUGG